AUGCCUUUAACUGCUCGUCGUCGUAUGAAACGCAAAAACGCUCCCAUAACACCAGAAGAGUGCAAAUCAAUUUAUUCAACGGACCAUAUUAACUUUACAACCACCGAUCUUCCCUGGUAUUGUAAUGGUAUUAUCCAUGGUUCGAAUAGUAACAAAUUUAAUUACGGCAAGACAUAUCUGUCAUCGAAAGGAAUAGGAGCCAAUGUUAAUCCUCACCGACCAUCAACUGGACUGACUUUUGGCCAUGUUUUCCCAUCCUACCAGUCUAACCAACCUUCCCAUCCAUCACCAGAUCUUCACCGUCGCUCUUCUAGAGGCACAGGACAACCUCCUCUCUCUUCAUUCCGUUCACCUUCUCAUCUGCCCUUACCAAAUCUAUUUCAAACAGGCGCGGCUUCACCGGUCAUCAUUUACCGUGAUUCAGGUCCAAAUCGUCCAAAUGAUUUAACGGUACUCUUCUCUGACUCCUCGGUUCCUGGUUUAAGAGAGAUUUGUCACUCUGAUUCUUAUCUACGAAAGAUUGUUUGGUUCGUUGUAUUUACCCUGCUUGGUUUCCUUGCUCUCCGUGAUAUCCAUCAGCUUCUGUCUGAAUUUUACAAUUAUCCAGUUACUGUUGAUGUUCGUCUCCGUGAAAGUCGUAAAUUACCAUUUCCAGCAGUAACAGUUUGCAAUCUAAAUAUAGUUAGAUUCAGUGCUCUUUGUAAUAGCACAUUUAACUUCUCCAUGCCUGUUGAACUACAGGAAAAACUAUGUGGAACCGUUGCAACUGCUCUUAACUCGAAAGGCAAUUCUUCAAUUGAAGACAUCAAUGACAUUGGUGAAAAGAAACCCGAUGAUGAAGCUAUUGAAGGAUUUUCUUCAUCCGCCAUUCCCGAUCUACGUAGUCAGACUUCAACCCAUCCAACUACAACUAAAACCGGCGGAGGACCACUCAAUGUAGGUGGAAAUAACAUUGGCAACAGUGCGACUUUUAGUGGUAAUUCUGGCGCAGGAAACACUUCAAAUAUUGGAGCAGGUGGACCAAAUGGACCCGGCAGUUCGGGUAGUCCAUUGCCACCAAGAAGUAAACGACAAGCCUGGCGUAAUCGUGGCGGGGGAAGUGGAAGUGGCAGUACGGGCAACAGUGGCAAUUCAAGGCCUUCAACAGGAGCAAACUUGACUGGAUCAAAGCCUCCAACACCACCAAACCAACGAACCACAACACCAGCCUAUGAUCCAAAUCUGAUGGCAGAUGAAAUUGAAUUAACUGAACGAGAGGAGAAAGAGUUGCAGGAAAAUUUGACCACUUGGUUAGCGGUUAUGGCCAAUAAGGACAAAAAGACGACUGUCCAGCUUGGCCACCAAUUUGAACAGAUGAUUCUUCGGUGUACAAUUAAAUCAACAAAUUGUACACACAUAAAAAGCUUUCAUUCUGAAUUUACUCCAACGGAAGGUAAUUGUUUCACUUUUAAAUCUAAAACAUGGGAUGGUAAACGUAACAAGCAAGCUAAACAAGAGGAAACAAGUCUAGCUGGAGUUGAUCAUGGAUUGGAAUUGGUGCUAAAUUUGGAGACCAAUGAAUAUCUUCCUGGGACGGCUCAAGUUGGUGCUCUGGUUAUGGUUCAUUCACCAGACGAGUUGGGCAUAUCUGCCAGUGAAGCUAUCUUUGUAGGACCAGAAAGGGCUAAUUACAUUGGACUGAAAAUGCUUCGUAUCACUAGAUUGCCCUCACCAUAUCCUGAACAUUGUAUUGACCACUGGCCGGAAGGAUUGACAGCAAGUUUAACUCGUAAUUCAACCUAUUCUCAACAAGCCUGCCUCAAAAUCUGUCUACAGAAGACAAUCCAGAUGAGAUGUCGAUGUCAGUCAGCUUUCCUCAAUCAAUUUGAAUUAAACGAUACAAAUUUACGGAUUUGUGAUACUCGAAGGAAGAAUACCCGUAAAUGCGUUGAAGAGGUGAUGUUAAGGCCUGAGUCUAAAAUUGAUAACUGUAUGUGUCCACCAAGAUGCCAGGUAACUCAAUAUGAAAAAACUGUAUCACUUGCUAAAUGGCCCACAAGAGAGGAUCGAGUUUCAUUUGAUCGUGGAUCUAAAGGACUUAAUUUCCAAAAUUUGGCUAAAGUGGUCGUCUAUUUUCAAACAAUGACCAUGCAAGAGGUCGCCCAACAAGGAGCUUGGACUACAGCUAAAUUAUUGAGUAGUCUUGGAGGUUUCAUGGGAAUGUAUGUUGGAUUUUCAUUUUUAUCAUUAUUCGAAGUAUUUGAAGUCAUUGCUCGGCGGAUUUGGUAUUCAUGCACAAGGAAAAGACUUCGCUUCAAGACAAUUGUUCAAACAAUAAUGGCCACAUUACAAUAUAAAAGAAAACAAGAAUUGAAAUGAAAGAAAAAAAUUAGAGAUUUUGUCAAAUUUUUCAUCUACAUCAGGAAAAUCCAGUAGCUUAUUAUCCUCAACAGCAACGUCAAAGCCAACACUUGCAUGGCGUUAGGUUUCCUGAUCAUUGCCACCAACACCAACGGACCGAUAAUCAUCACCAUUCGGAAAUGAAUUCCAGAUAUUGAGAUAAUUAGGGCUCCAAGUCGAGUUCAACAUAACCAAAAAUAAGAUCUUACGUCUCAACCAAUAUCUUCACUUCAUUUAUUAUCAAUGGUACUGAUGUAGUUUAGUUGUCCAAAAUUUUCAAUGAAAUAAAACCGAAAAUUAUUUCUAACAUAAUCAUAAAGUAAAAUAAUAAUUUAUGCAUUUGAUGUAUUCAAUAGUAAUAUUAAUAAUUGCAUGAUAGUUAACAGACUGCAACUAAACAAAACAAAAUCUAAUAGAUUUAAGAUUGUAACUUUUUGAAACGAAAACAAAUCAAUGACUUAUUAAUAAAUAGUCAAUAGACAAUAUAUAAUAUAUUACUCGAUAAAUAUAUUAUGUGAAUUAAAAGAGAAAAAAAUUUAGAGAUGUUAUCGUUUUAAAUGUUUGCUUUAAUUUUCAGAAUAAUUUUCAGUCGUUUCUCUCAAAGAAUCAAAUUUUCUAAAAAAAAGAUGACCAUUCAAAUAAACUCCUGUCUAAUAAAUUGAGAAUGAUGAUGAUAGGAGGUUGAUGAUAAUUUUUGUUGAGGCUAAAAAUCACAGGGUUUGAAAUAAAAAUCUUAAAAAAAGUCAUUGGUCAUUAAAGGUUGUUUGCGAUUGCAUCCUUGGCCAGUGUCAUAAAAUCUUUUUCUCCAGAUUCUUUCCAAUAUUUUGCAAUUAAUUCCAAAUUUGGACAGUCUGAUGGACAUUGUAAGUUACCA